AUGGACAAAAGUUGGAUUUCACAUAAGCGUACUACCCCUGAGUUUCGUCAAGGGGUUGAGGAGUUCAUUCGUAUUGUACUUACACGUAAAAAGGAAGGAGAAAAAAUAUGUUGUCCUUGUAAGAGUUGUGGUAACAUGCGUAAGGUGUCUACAGAAGAUGAAUUACGAGCUCAUAUUUUUUGGAAUGGUUUUUCCAAAAAUUAUACUGAUUGGAUAUGGCAUGGUGAAGGGGAAACGGGUACUGAGAAUCAUAGCUACGAAGACCAUGCAGAGGACUUAAAUACUCACCAUGAUGAUGAAAAUGAGGUGCUUGAUGAGGUGUUUGAUGAGAUGUUGCACGAUACGGAGGAUAAUCUCACAGAGGGGCCACCUGAUUACGAAAGUUUGUUGACUGACGCCGAGACACCUUUGUAUCCAGGGUGCAGUAAGUACAAUCGAUUAACAGGUGUACUAGAAUUAUUUGAACUGAAAGCGGAAGCCGGGUGGACUGAUUAUCAUUACUCAAAAUUGAUGGUAAAAUUGAAAGAUAUGUUUCCCGAAGGUAACACGCUUCCGAGUUCUACUUAUGCGACUAAGAAGAUGUUGUGUCCGAUGGGUUUGGAUGCUGAGAAAAUAUAUGCUUGCCCUAAUGAUUGCGUAUUGUAUCGAAAGGAUUAUAAUGAUUUGCAUGAAUGUCCAACUUGUGGGACAUCGCGAUAUAAGGUGAAGAGCAACGGUGAAAACACCAAUGAACCUGCUAAGGUAAUGUGGUACCUACCCGUAGUGCCUAGGCUCAAACUCUUGUUCGCUAAUGCUAAAGAUGCAGAAAAUUUGACAUGGCAUGCAGACGGGCGAAAUAAAGAUGGAAUGCUUCGGCAUGCUGCUGAUUCCCUUCAAUGGAAACAUAUUGAUACUACUUUUCCGAAUUUUAGUCGUGAAACAAGGAAUUUAAGGCUAGGCUUAUGUACAGAUGGAAUCAACCCAUUUGGUAACAUGAGUAGUCAGCAUAGCACUUGGCCAGUUCUGUUGGUGAAUUACAAUUUACCACCUUGGUUGUGCAUGAAGCGCAAAUACAUUAUGUUGUUAAUUUUGAUAUCUGGGCCUAAACAACUUGGAAAUGACAUAGAUGUGUACUUGGCACCACUGAUUGAGGAUUUGAAGAAGUUGUGGGAUGAAGGUGAGCGUGUGUAUGAUGAAUAUCGUAAGGAAACAUUUAUUUUGCGUGCUAUGAUCUUCUGCAUAAUUAAUGACUUUCCUGCGUAUGGGAAUUUAUCUGGCCAUGUUGUCAAGGGAUACAAAGCUUGUCCUAUUUGUGAAGAUGAUACCAAAGUUGUUCAAUUGAAGAGUAGCAAGAAGGUUGUAUACCCAUUUCAACGAGUAUUUCUACCUCGCAAUCACCCUUAUCGUCGGCUUCGCAAGGCUUUUAAUGGAGAACCAGAACAUAGAUCUCCUCCUAAGCCUCUUACUGGGAAACAAGUUUAUGAACGUGUAAAGGACAUCAAUUGUGUUUUCGGCAAACCCUACAAGUCUCUUGUGACAAAUAAUGUUAUAAAUGGAGGUCUGCGUUUUGGAUCUUGCCAUAUUGGGAACAUCUUAGUGUAA